CUUGUAUUAUCGUGGACACAUGUCAUUGAUAAAGUUUUUAUAAGUAAUGACUCUGAAAAAGAUUGGUUGACACAGGACAGACACAAUAUUUCUGCUGAUUUUCGAAAUUUUCAAUUGGACUCAAUUGAACGAUUGAGAAAUAAACCAACUUUUUCAUAUGUGAAUGAAAUUAAUCAGAUUCUAUGUUUAUCAUCAAUAAUAUAUUGUAAUGAGACGAAAUCAAAAUUUAUAACAUGUUCAGAGAAGGUAUGGAAUGAUGUUUGUCCGAUAUCAUUAACUCCGAAGACAUUACCAUCUAUUGUAAAUCAAAUGAUAAUUGAAUACAGUCUUAUUUUGGAUGACAAGCAAUUAUUGGAUGAAAAAUGGCACGGAAAUUGGUCAAAAUGGAAUGAAUUAUCAACAAAGGAGGAUAAAGACAUGUUUGAUUGUGCACAGAUAGUUGCAAGAAAUUUUGAUAAAGAUCUGGAUGAAGACACUUUCAUUCAUCGAUAUUAUCACAAUAUCCUUGAAGAAAUAUUUAAUAAAGAUGAUUUUGCAUUGGUUUGGGCAAACGGUGAAUCUGAAAGCUCAAAGGUUAGAAGAAAAAAGGAUAAACGAAACCGUGGUAGAAAAUCCGAUUUCUGGAUUUUAUCAAAAAUAAGGGGUACAAACAAGGAAAUUUUAUUCGGUGAGGUUAAACCUCCAUGUGUAAAAUCUUCCAUGAAUGAAAGCAUAGUGAAGAUUGCAGAGUUUAUGAAGGGCUCAUUAGAUUAUUUAAUAGAUUGUUAUGGUUACAUAGAUGGUCUUGAAACUUAUGGAAUGUUAAUUUAUGGAAAUACAAUUAGAAUAUUUACAAUGGACUUGGUCUAUGACGGUUUAUACCGUUUUAAUUUGACAUCGAAAAUAUUAUUACCAACGGAAAAUGCAAACUUUUUAACCAUAAUUACCGUAGUAUCAACCCUUUAUUCAUUAUUGGAAAGAAUAAAAUCUACUGUUGUUGUUAUUAAUUCAAAUUCACCUCAACAUUUACUUGAAGAAGCAACAAAUUCAAGUAAUAUUAUUGAUAAUGACGACGAUGAUAGUGAAAAUGGUGAAUUUAAUUCUGGUAAAAGAUUGCUCAAUUCUGGUGAAUUUGGAUGUGCAAAAAUAGGUCCUUCGCACGAAAAGACAUUGAAUGGAAUUAAACUAUUUUCAAAAAAUAUUUGUAGUCAAUUAUUGUUACGUGAAUUGGUUCCAAGAGAAAUUUCUAACCUACCAUUUAGAAAAAAAUUCAUUCCAAACACUAAUGGAAAAGUGAUUAUUCGAUAUGCUGAACCUGCAUAUUCUGGACAAUAUUCUCAAGAUGGCUCAUUAUUCUACUCUUGUAGUAAAGAUUUUCGUGUUCGCAUAUAUGAUACAAAUGAUCCACAGGAUCCUAAAGAAAUUAAAGUUAUCAGCGGGGAGGAAUUUGGAAGAUGGACGAUAACGGAUGCUAAUCUAAGUAAUGAUAAUAAAUGGAUAGCAUACAGUAGUAUAACACCAUCUGUAUGUCUAGCAAAGACUGAUGUUGAAGAAGAUUAUCAAACAAUUUUAGAUUUUGACAAUGGUGAAUUAUAUGCGGCAAGUAAUGAUAUAGUAAAAUUGGUGAAUGAUAACAUCUAUGAUAUUGAAAGAAAAGAAGUAAUUCUUGAAAUUGAUGGCCAUAGGGAUCAUGUUAAUGCAGUGUGCUUUGCUGAUGAUUCAUCGCAUGUUCUUUUCAGUGGCAGCGAUGACUCUUUAAUUAAAGUUUGGGAUCGACGGUCAAUGCAUAAUGAAAAAGAAUGUGGUGUAUUAGUUGGUCAUACUGAGGGUUUGACAUAUGUAUCAUCGAAGGGUGAUGGUAGAUAUUGUUUAUCAAACGGCAAAGAUCAAAAAAUGAAAUUAUGGGACAUAAGAAAAAUGAUGUCGGGUGACCAAUAUAAAAGACUACCUCCAGUAAAUCUUCGACGUAGAAAAUGGGAUUAUAGGCAUAUGAGAUAUCCGGGAGAUAUAUAUUUUGAACAUCCACAAAAUGUAUCUGUUAUGACUUAUCGAGGCCAUAGUGUACUAAGGACAUUGAUUCGUUGUCAUUUCUCACCUGCUAGCACUGGUCACAGGUAA